CGUAUUUACGAUUCCUGCUCCAGUUUUGGUCAGAGAGUCGAGUCAUGUGGACGUGCGCUGGUUUGCUCGCGUUGGCCACGUGCGCCGUCGCGAUUACCCGGGACCAGUUCUACCCUUAUGGGCCGGAGUUGGACCAGAGGUUGCCCAGGGGAUCGGAAGUCCCAUCGCCGGAAGUCACUCUGAACGUCCCUAUCGUAUUCUACGAUGAAACCUACGAGACAGUUUUUGUGAACAACCACGGCGUGCUAACGUUCCGCGCCGAUCUCCCUCAAUUUAUCAACACGGAAUUCCCACUGCCAUACCCAGCAAUAGCGGCGUUCUACUCCAACGUCGACACCACCGACGAAGGAGCAAUCUACUACAGAGAGACCAACGAAUCUCACAUCCUAUCAAAGGCUGAAGAAAGCGUGCAGAACAACUUUCACGAUUACUAUGACUUCCGACCAACGAGUGUCUUCAUAACAACUUGGCUGGACGUCACUUACACAAGCACUUUACACGACAGAAAGAACAGUUACCAAGUCGCUGUGAUCAGUAAUGGAACGGAAAGUUUUGUUGAGCUACUAUAUCCGGAGAGAGAGAUCCAGUGGAUUCAGAAAGAGACGGAUGCACUGUCGCUGCCGGACGCUAAAGCCCAAGCUGGUUUCGUGGCGGAGGACGGCCGCGUCUUCACCCUUCGUGGCUCGGGCAGUCAUCAAAUCAGAAAUAUUAUAUCAUGGACAAACACACACGAGCCUGGAAAAUACGUCUUCCGUGUUGGCACUAUACCUCGCGACUCAAACAUCGCUGUUCCUGAUGAAUACAAUGAGACCGAAAUUGAAAUUGCGGAAGAGUCCAAAACGUGCGCCCAGAGCGGUCCCAGCGUAUGCCACAUGCAAGCGAGAUGCGUAGACUACCAGGCCGGCAUCUGCUGUCAAUGCAGCGAAGGAUUCUACGGGAACGGAAAAUCAUGCAUUAAAAACGACGUACCUCUGAGAGUACACGGAAAACUGAAUGGAGUUCUGAAUGACGUGCACCUAAAUGAUGUGGAUAUCCAGUCUUACGUUGUAGUUGCUGACGGGAGAGCUUACACGGCACUGUCUCUUACUCCACCAGUCCUCGGAAGCAGUUUGCAGUUGCUAAACAUCAUGGGCAGCGUAGUUGGCUGGCUGUUUGCGAAGCCAUCUUCCACGGCCAAAAACGGAUACCAAUUAACAGGCUCGCUUUUCAACCACAGCGUUGACAUUUGGUUCCCGAAAACCGGUGACAGGGUUACCGUAAACCAAGAAUACUUAGGUCACGAUGUUUUCGACCAAAUAACUUUAGACGCUGAUGUACGUGGCUCUGUGCCGGUUAUUUUAUCCGGAAUCAAACUAGACAUUGGAGACUUUGAAGAGCAAUAUACCAUUGUCGAACCGGGACUUAUUCGUUCCGAUUCUAGUCGAACGUUCACAAAUAAGAUCACAGGAGAAACGUACGAACAAAGAGUGUCCCAGACCAUCACCUAUAGGGCGUGUCGAUACGCGCCUCCCUCAGCCGAUGACACAAUUCCAUCCACUCUUAAAGUCACCAAAAACUAUUUAGGUUAUGAAACGAAGAACAAUAUAGUAAGAUACGGAACGAGCAACAAGAUUGUACCGCUAGGCCAAGAAGAUCCCUGUAUCGAAGGUCGUAACACUUGCGGUUCGUACAGCACGUGUGUCGUCCAAGGUGAUUCCUUUAGCUGCGUUUGUAAUAAAGGAUUUAACAAGAUUUAUGUUGACGAUGUGCUGACCUGUGUCGACAUUGAUGAAUGCGCAGCCGGAACACAUAACUGCGAUCCAAACGCUGACUGCAACAACGGGGAAGGAGACUUUCAAUGUCGAUGCAAAACUGGAUUCAUUGGCAACGGAAUCGAAUGUUCACCGUUGUCUAUAUCUCGAUGCCAAAGUCUGAGUUGCGAUGUGAACGCGGACUGUUUAGAGAACAAUGGAGAAGAACCGAUAUGCGUGUGCAGACCCGGUUACACUGGUAACGGGCAACAGUGCUAUGAAGUCGAUGAGCGCGGAUGUUACGAAGGCUCCGGCUGCACUGAAAGACCUCCAGAGACAACCACGGCGCCUAACUACGAAUCGGAAUAUAACGAAACAUUCGUGUUGCCUAACUGCGACUAUUACGGCUGCACGUGCCCCCAAGGCUACUACAGUUUCAAAGAUGAGAGAAACAACGAUCUGUGUCGUGUUGAUACAGGCGACGUGCCGACCCCUAUCACCGAUAACAAUGACACUUCAAUCAGGUGCGAUAGCGACAGUGACUGCCCACCAAACGCUGCUUGUAUAGCGGACCCACAUCAAUACUCAACGGAUGCUGAGAGCGAUCAGUUCCUCGGACACUGCGUUUGCCCUGAAGGCUACGUGGGCGAUGGAUACGAAUGCAUCGAGCAAACCGGAACCAGCUGCAAUUGUGCAGCCAACGCUCAUUGUACGGAAACGCCAACUGCGGAACUUCUAUGCGUCUGCAAUACCGGUUACCACGGAGACGGCUACGUCUGCCGUCCGAAUUUCAGUUGUACAAACAACUCGGACUGUGAAUACAACGCUGAAUGCCGUCCCGAUACUGCCACAAACGAAUACACUUGUCAGUGCAUCGAAGGAUUUAAAAAGGACCAAAAUGAAGCUUGCAUCCCUGACGGUCAAUUGUGUAAUGGCGCGCUGUGUGCUGAGCACGCCUCGUGCUUGUACGAUGCCACCAUUGAAAUCAGUUACUGCCAUUGCGACGAGGGCUUUAACGGCGAAGGCAUAUCCCAAUGCGUCCAGACCCCACUCUCGUGUGACCUAGUCAACGACUGCAGUCCGUACGCGAGCUGCGUGCCAGCUGAUAAUACUUACCAGUGCGUGUGCCAAGAGGGCUAUCUGGGCGACGGCUACAACUGCAGUCAGGAAAUCAACUGCAGAACUGAUCCUUACAUGUGCAGUCCUCACGCUUCGUGCAUAAAGAACAUUGAAGGUUACGAAUGUGAAUGCAAUAAUGCAUACGAGGGUAACGGCACUUUCUGCGUUGCGAAACCUCAGCCGCCGGGUAACUUUUUAGUGACAAGUGAUGGAACUUCAAUCUACCGCGUCCCGUUCAAGUAUUCACCGAGGGAGUUUGCAACUCCGAUUAACAGCGGCAUUUCCCAAGUGGCAGUUUCCGUGAGCGUCGAUUGUUUCUCUGGAAAAAUCUACUGGGGCGAUGUUGUCAGCAAUAACAUCAAACGAGCUGGAUACGACGGAUCAGAAUUUGAACAAUUCCUGAACACUGGCAUCAUAUCUCCGGAAGGUUUGGCAAUAGACUGGUCGGCUAGAAACAUAUUUUGGACAGAUUCUAAGAAGCUCACUAUUGAAGUUGCCAAUUUAGACACAAAAGUUAGAAAAGUCUUGUUCUCGGUACAGAACAUUUCUAAUCCGAGGGGCAUCGCCGUACAUCCUCAAAGAGGGAAAAUCUUCUGGACUGACUGGAAUCGAAGCAAUCCUAAGAUCGAGUGGGCGAACAUGGACGGCACGGAAAGAUCAGUCCUCCUCGGUAGCCCAGAUGUGAAGCUUCCAAACUCUGUGGCCAUCGACUGGUCGAGAGAUCGAGUUUGCUUCGCGGACGCGGGCCUCCAGGUCAUUAAGUGCAUUGACCUACACAGUCGGCAAAUCGAGACUAUUGCGGAGAACUGCAGGUACCCCUUCGGCCUCGCCAUCAACGGAGACAAAUUGUACUGGAGCGAUUGGAGAACAUUGAAAAUCGAAAUCAUAGACACAAUAACCCAGGCGAGAGGGCAAAUAGACAUUCCAAGAUCGACGAUACGGUUAUACGGUGUUGCCAACGCGCCGAGCGAGUGUCCCGGGGCUGCCAACGUUUGCUCGCAGAGAAACGGUAACUGCAACGCCGGACAGCUGUGCCUACCCAAUGGAAGUGGGGGAAGGAGUUGUCUGAACGGUGACGCCAACUAUUUACCUUAGCUGAUAAAGAAUAAUUGUCAGCUUAAAUUUUAGAUAUACUAUGCGAUUCAAAACACUAAGUUGUUUUCACUAUGAAUUAAUGUAAACUUAAAAAUCACCAAACAAGCGAGUUUCGGAUAACCCUCAGCAAUGUAAUCCACGUUGAUUGACCAUUAUUCAAAAUUAACUACUGCUUUUCGAUUUCUAAGCUACAAAUCAAAUUCGAAACACUGCUUAUAGAAUACAUUUACGUUCGAUUUUUUAAUCGGUAUAGUAUUAAUAUUCAAGUUUAGCUGUAACAAAUGGACAGACUUAAAUAAUUUGAAAAUUACGUUUUUUUACCACGUCACUACGAAAACAUUUAACCUUUUUUAAAAGGUUUAAUAUUUGAGACGCAUAGUAAUUAAAAAGUUGUCAUACAAACUUUACAACUUUUAAGAAUUGUAGUUUCUAAUGUUAAUUAAGUGCUUUAUAAAGUAAAUUGACUUUAUCAGCGAGACAAUAAUUAUUUUUUAGGUACUUAAUGAAAUAUGGCGCUAAAAAUUAACCUGUUUUAGAUUAUUUUUAAUAUAAAAAAAAAUACGACCCAUAAUUAAAUGUGUUGCAAACAUGCAAAUUUAUUAACAGAAAUAUACAUUGCACAAUUAAAAUUAAAACUAAUCAUUGUUAAUACGAAUAUACAUUAUCGUUUAAGACAUGUAAUCGAAUUAUUAACCAAAAUUUUUAUCUUAUUAGUAAAACAGUUGUACAUUUUUAAUAAGGCAACACCGACUAUGAUAAUGCAAACUUGAAAUAAAAUUUUAUUUAUCUAGUUUUACUUUAUACCAAAAAGCUUAAACCAAAGUUAUUUUAAAAUAUAUAGCACGCCAUAAUAUUUGUAAUUUAUUAAAUAAUAAACGAUUACAAUAAUUUA